CGCGAGUUAAAGCAAGUUUUGAUUGCCCGAGUCCAAUGUCAGCUGUUUCCGGUUCCGCCGGCUCGCACAUGCUCUUCUUGCCCUUUCAUUCGUAUUAUCACUGACGAAAAUUCUUUAGCUAAAAAAACUUAGGGCAAAUUCCCAAAAAACACCCGCUCCUUCGUCGUUAACCGGCUAUCGAACUGUUCGGUGAUGUUCCUCAAGACCGCAUCGAAGCUCGCGGCAAGCACCGUGAGAGCGUGCACAACUCCAAGCCGUGCGUACCGUUCAGCGACCUUGCUCCGCCGGGCACCCGUCUGUCCGCACGCAUCGGGACCGCACGGACCUCCACACGCCUUCGAAAGCCGCCGACACGCCGGCCACAGCCACUGGCAGAACGUGCGCCACAUCAAGGCCGCCAAGGACGCGCACAAAAUGUCACAGACGGACAAGUUCGUCCGGCUGAUUCAGGCGGCAGUCAAGGUGGGCGGCAGUCCAGACCCCAAGUUGAACCGAUCGCUUGCCAACGCCAUCGAAAACGCCAAGCGGACCCAGGUGGUUACCAACGCCGCGAUAGAGUUGGCCAUCAAGCGAGCCAGCGGCGCCGAAAAGCCCAAGAACCUCAGAAAGGCUCUGUACGAGAUCAUCAUGGAACACGGAGUGCUUCUGCUCGUCGACGUGGAGACGCCGAACAUCAGCAAGUUCGGAAACGAAAUCAAGAUCAUCUGCAAGAAGCACACUUGCCGGAUUUCGCGGGGCGGUGUCAAGGAACAGUUCCUCGAGAAAGGCUUCGUCAGAGUCUCCGGCCGAGAGGACGGAGCCGCUCUGGACUCGGACGCCGCGCUUGACGUCGCCAUCCAGCACGGCGCCGAAGACGUCUUCGACAUCGACGACGGGGAGAAGACGAUGUGCGAGUUUCUCUGUGACGUGACGGACUACUUCGCCCUCUCCAAGGCGCUCACGACGAACGGAUACGUUGUCGAGGAGUGCGGCAACAAGUUUGUACCCAUGGUGCCCGUCACAAUCUCCGAGGAACACAUGGGCGUCGUCGGUAGGCUCUGCGACGAACUAGAAGAGCAUUCCGACGUUGUGGCGGUGCAUACAAAUAUCGCGUAACGGUGCCAGAUGUCGUCUGUAUUUUCUCAUUCAUCCGAGAAGUCUUCGUCUUGUUGAUCAUCGCUGAUCACUGUUGUAGGUUAUGAAAAGCAGGUCAAGCCCUUCCCAUGAAGCUCUCUGCUCACCAUGAUCUCCUCCUCUCCACUUGCCUCCUUUUCAGCUCUGCUAAAGUGGAGGCUUUCUGGGAGCAGCUUGUCCCGCUUUUGUUAACCUGCAACAACGCUGUUGAGUGGUGGGGACGGUCAGGCCGAGAUAUGACGGGUCUUCUGGUUGCCCUGCUUGCAGUAUCAAGCUGCACGAGGACUGUGGUUACGGGAUGCAAACAGACACGCACCCAAAGCUGUUGGGCUUUUGGUGAAGAUGGGUUAUCAUGAAAAUAGGACCCGUAUGUACUGUGCCUACAACAUUGGUCUGGCUUUCAUCUUCGAGGCAGAAUGACUUUAUAAAGGUUGUUCAGUCCGUGCAUUGCACGUGUGCAAACUUUUUAGCCCGCAGUCUCCGAAAUAAUGUUGAUGUCGACUAGUAGCUUCUCAUUCAGAUUCAAGCUCUUGUCAAUAAAACGGUGUUUAGGUCUUGUCGACAUGCUGUGUUGAAGGCCAAAAAACGAAAA